AGCAGCCAGUGGCGCUGGAUGGAGCGCGAGGAGCGGAGUGUGGUCGAGUUCUAAUGAGCGUCAGCCGUCGAGUAAGAGGCGACGCAGCUCUCGGAACGCGGAUUAAACUCGUCUCAUCUCACUUUUCUUUUUUUGGGACGUUGUGGUUUAUUGAGGUAAUGGUUUAUUAAUUAGUCUGGCUGAAAAUAUCCGUGAGACGUUACUUUUUUUUCCCCCCUCGUCGUUCGCUGACACCUUCUUCUUCUCUAAUUGAGGCUGAGCUGAGAUGCUAAGGAGAUGGAGCUGAGCAGAAGUGAAGUACCACUGUAUGGCAGGGUUAAGGUUUCUGCAACACUGCCUGCCACAGAAGACGAAGCCCGUUUCUCAGAAGAAGUGGAAUUCUACAUCGUACUCGAGGGGUCCACCUUAAAUCAUGUCACUGUGGCUCAGAGAGCUGAGGAGGGACACAUCUUGUACUUUAUUGUCCCAGGUCAUAACCUCUUUGAGGUGGUUUGCAUCACAGCUUACCUGUACAUUGAAGGAAGGGCCAUCUCCUGCCUCAACAAGGCCUCGCUGGAGUACGUCCAGGAUGAUGCUCAAGAACUGGCUGAGUUCCUUCUCACUCAUUAUCACUGCUUAAGUACUAGCAGCCACAAGGAUAUUAUCAGCAAGUUUAGACUGGGAGAUGAGGCUGACCACAGAAAAAUGGAUGAAAAUGUCACACAAGCCAUGGCCAAUUUGGACUAUCCCUACUCAUGGAAUGUCCUUGGAAGCCAGCCUGGUGAAGAACUGCAGCCCAAGGAGACCUUGCUGCACCUGGCUGUCAGGCUGGGCCUCUCUCGGCUCUUGCAGCUACUCCUGUGUCAGCCUGGAGGCCUAAUGGCUGUAGCUCUGCCCAACGAGGAGGGUGACACUCCCUUGUUGCUGGCACAACGUUCUGGAAGGCGGGGCCUGCUGGAGCUGCUCAACAACCCCCCAAACCCACUGGCCACACCUCUGGCUGGGAUGUCACAGGUAUGGGCUGACAGCUCCCGGCUGCUGCGCUUCUGUCAUGAAACUGAGACUCUGACCCUGACCGUUCAGCAGAUCUCCAGCAUAAACCAGCAAACCGCAAUUCUGCUCCUCAGAAAGUGCUUGAGGGAUGAUAACUUCCUGAGGGAGAUCAAAGCGCUUUCAAGAAGUGGACUUGAAGAGGAAUAUGAAAGGGAAGACAGUGAAGGCAGCACAAAUAUGAAAGAUUCACGUCAGGAAUUAUGCAGACAGGAUCAUACAAUGGAAGACAAGGUUUCAGAAGAACAGUUCUCCCUCUUUUCUGUUGAAGAGCAGCCCACUCCUGAGAAAAACCCCAUUGCUCCAUUCAGGAGUCCCACAGCUCAGUCCACUUAUGGAGCUGCCACCAGGCUCUCAGCUAUGCUGAAUGGGAAGGACCAGAUCUACGCCAACUACAUGCUGGUGGACCAGGUGAAUGACAUGGGUAUAAAGUAUAACAUCACUGGAGUGACUGGGGACUGCACGCCGACAGAGGGGGGAAGGCAGGGCCCUGGCCCUGGCCCUGGGGGAGGAGCAGUCACAGAGAUGGCAGCCGCAUUUCAGACUUCAGGUCCAGUCCAUUGGGAGGAAAAGGAGGCUGGAGAACAAUGGGCCGCUGCUGCUCCCUCUCCCUGGCUGUCCCCUGUUGGUGCUAUGUGUGGCCAUCUUAAUGAUCUGGCCCGGACAGACAGACUCAUUCAGGGGGGAAGUUCACUGCAGGAGACAUGUGCGCUGAGCCCAAGUCUGGUGGCUCUUCAAGUAGACAGCGAGGAGGACGAUCAACUGGACCAGUGGUCUUUCCCUCACACCUCUACGCCUCCCCAGGUGGGCGGAGCCUUGCAGGCCAGCAGUGGGGAUGAGCGGGACUCCUUUGAUGCCUCCCCUGACCUCAACUGUGGCCGGACGCACUCCUCUUCAUUCAAUAACGCUCCCAUCAAGAGAAUGCAAAAGCCCAUGCAGGUGGAUGAAAAGAUGUUUCUCCAGGAUUCAGAAGAACCAGGAGUCCGGCUGCGCUCCUACUCUUACUCUUCGCCUAAGACCAACUUAGUACGGCCUUGUCUCAACCGGGACAUAGCUUCUGACCUCAGUGAAGAUGGUGUGUUCAGCAGCACUGGCCGUUCCCUCCUCCAAGCCCUGUCUUUGUCUAAAUCACUGUCACUGCUCAGUCCAGUUAAACAACCCACCUUUAGCCUUUCAGAACAGCCACAGAAGAACAGGGAGUUAAGUUUCCGUAAAAGGGCACAGUCAGCCGAGGACGAGGGCAACGUGGCGCUGGCAGAGUCCCUGCAACACCUCACCCUCUCCGAGUUCCUCAAAGAAAUUGAAGAAGAGGAGUGGGAUAAAUACAUAAUCCCAUCCAAAGCAGAGUCUGAGAAGUACAAAGUGAGUCGCACCUUCAGCUUCUUGAAGAGCAGGAUGUCGAGCACACGAAACAGGAACAAGGGCAAGGCAAAGGAGAGAGAAGGGAAGGAGAAAGGGGCGAGUGGACAUCAGUUUGUGGCUGGGUCCUGCUCUGGACUCACUCUGUGCCUGGUAUGUGACAAACCAGCGAUGGGCAAGGACCUGCUUCAUUGUUCAAACUGCACAAUUAAUGUCCACAAGGGCUGCCGGGAUGCCGCCACACCUUGCAUGAAGAAACUUCAGGAGAAGUAUGCAGUGACGGUGAAAAACAAGGCUGCUUCCCUCCCACAGAAUACAGCAGUGCCAUGUUCAGUCCCCACCUCAGCUUCCCUUCCUGCCAUAAUGUCCCGGGAGAGGAGGGACCAGGCUGCUGUGCUCACCUCUCUGUCUAAGAGUGUCCCUGUUGUCACAGAGAGCUCCACAGAUGCAGUUACUGCUGUGGAUGAUCUCCUCUCCAGGAGGCUUAGUGAGGGGCAGGAGGUUGAGUCUGAGGCCUGGAGGAGCCGAUCGCAGUCUGAGGAGCUCCUACCAGUGAUGGAGUCUUCACCUUCCACUGACUCAUCCCUCAUCGAAGAUAUGCACUUCACUGUCAGCUCUUCUCGUACUCCAGAUGUGGUUGACUCUCCAUUACGGAAUGACUUCAGGGUGGAUUUGCUGGAUUAUGAACCUGAAUCCUGGAGUCUUGCUGUGGAGCACAAGUUUUGCAAGAAGCAUGAGAAGCGAGUCAUCAAAAGACAGGAUGUAAUAUAUGAGCUGAUGCAGACAGAGAUUCACCACAUCCAGACUCUGAUCAUCAUGGCUGAGAUCUUCAGAAAGGGCAUGAAGGAGGAACUGCAGCUGGACAUGGACACAGUAGACAAGAUCUUCCCCUGCCUGGAUGAACUGCUGGACUUCCAUAAAGGCUUCUUCUGUGCCAUGAAGGAACGGCGACAGGCCUGCACCCAGGAGAACAGCAGGAACUUUCUGAUUGACAGGAUCGGAGACAUUCUAGUGCAGCAGUUUUCCUGUGACAAUGCGGAAAAGAUGAAGCUGCUGUAUGGGGAGUUCUGCAGUCACCACACUGAGGCCGUGAGUUUCUUCAAAGAGCUCCAGCAGCAGAACAAGAAGUUCCAAGUGUUUAUAAAACAACAAAGUUAUAAUUCUUUGGUCCGGAGGAAAGAGAUCCCAGAAUGCAUCUUGUUGGUGACACAGCGCAUCACUAAGUAUCCAGUGUUGCUGGAGAGGAUCCUGCAGUAUUCCCAAGAGGGCACGGAGGAGCACUCAGACCUGUCACGAGCACUUGGCCUUAUUCGUGAGGUGAUAGCAGCUGUGGAUCUGAAGGUCAGUGAAUACGAGAAGGAGCAGAAGCUACUCGACAUCCUGAAUCGCAUGGAGAACAAAACUUUUGCCAAGCUGAAGAAUGGCCACACCUUCCGCAAGCAGGACCUGCUCAUCCAGGCUAGGACAUUAAAGCAUGAAGGCCUGGUGUACUGGAAGACAGCCACAGGAAGGCUAAAAGAUAUCCUGGCACUCCUGCUCACAGACACUUUGAUAUUCCUACAGGAAAAAGACCAGAAGUUCAUUUUUGCUGCUGUGGAUCAGAAGCCCCCGGUGAUCUCCCUCCAGAAGCUCAUAGUGAGAGAGGUGGCUAACGAGGAGCGAGGCAUGUUUCUUAUAAGUGCGUCUGCGGCUGGCCCGGAGAUGUAUGAGGUCCACACUGCCUCAAAGGAGGAACGCAACAGCUGGAUGAGGCUGAUCCGAGAGGCUGUGGACAGCUGCCCCGAGGAAGAGGAGGAAAACACUAGCGAGUCAGAGGAAGACAAGCGAGCCACAGAAGCCAGAGCUCUCAGGAUCCAAAAACUGCAAGAGACCCUAAACUUACAGGACCAACAGAUCUGUGCCAGUCUUGAAGAAAAGCUGAAGAUCUACAGCGAGUUGAUGAGGAUGAAUGUGAAUGAGGAAAUCAUGCCUGAGGAAAUCAUGCCUGAGCCAAGACUGCUAGUCCAGCUCAGUCCAGAAGAAAUGCCUCAGGCUGCAGUGUUGCUCAUGGCAGCGCUCAGAGAGGCGGAGAAGCUGAAGGCCACACUGAUGUCCCGUACUUGCUCCUUGGACAAUGUUUCUCAGGAGAGUUUGGCUGAACCUGGAUCUCCCAGAGUGCUCUCUGAUGUUACUGCGACUGGCAGCAUACAGGGAUCCCCCACAGAAUCUGAUUACUCAAACACACAAAGUUCAACUUCAGUUUCACAAACAUCAGAGUCAGAAUCAAGAGAAGUGGAGUGGACUGCCACCGAUGCUGUAAUACUGUCUUUAAAUGACUUCAAAAGAGGGGAUGCCAAUAAUAUUAACUUGAAGGUGGCCCAGAGUGUUCAGAGCCUGACCCAAUUAUUGUACAGCCUGCAGGCAGCCGUGGUCAUCCAGGACAGCUGCUUUGAGGUACAGAGAGCCCUCCUCCAGGAGAGUGAGCGGGUGCCACGUGCCAAUGCUCUACAGGAGCAGGAGAAGCAACGCAACCUAGAAAAACAACGCGAAGAGCUGGCUGGUGUGCUGCGGCUGCGGGAGCAGCUCCGACAGGAGCAGCAGCGCUGGGAGCGAGAGUGCCACCUACGGCGGUGCCAGCAUGAGGGACUGGCUGGCCAGCUCGAGCAGCGCGAGCGGGAGUGCCAGCUUCAGGCACAGCGACUGCAGUGUGAGCGGGACGAGCUGGAGGUCCAGUUGCGAGAGUACCAACAGAGCCUGGAGCGGCUGCGUGAGGGCCAGCGUCUCGUAAGCCGCCAGCGCCACCAGCUGGAGACACAGCAGAGGCUGCUGCAGAGCUGGCGCCAUAGCCGCCAGAGGAGCCUGCCUGUUAUGGUGAUUCCACUGGAUAACUGCCAGGAACCAGGUCACAGACAGUGCAGUAGCUUUGGCAGCGAGGGUUCGGUGUUGGUCAAUGAGGCGGCCCUCCAUGCAUCGCAGAACAAUCGUCAUCUCCCCCAGCAUCAGCGCUCUGCCUCACUGGUUUCUUCCAACAUGCCAAGUUGUCACAUGGCCCGCCCCAUCCUUGAUGGCAAGCAUACACCCCAACAUCUUCCAGCCCAUAGCCACACCUCUCACCCACUUCCAGCUCCUGCAGCCCGCAUAAACAAUGAUGUGAACACACUUAGCUUCAACAGUGACAAGUGGCCGAUGGGGACAGCACUGAUUGGACCAACAUUCUAUCAAGGAUUCCCAAACCCCCACGUUGGACCUCUGACCAGUCCCCCUGGUGACAUGGAGAAUGGGGAGGAAGGGGCGGAGGAAAACAUCGUUUACCUAUGAGCAUAACUGGCCCAUGAACUGAACUGUCUCUCUCUGGUCAGCUUUACUGCGAAAGUCACAUGCUUUUGCCUGUAAAAUCAAAGUGCACCCUUAUUUGUCUAGUAACAUUUUUACCAAAGAUGGGGUCUUAUGAAAACAUAUAACAAUAUGUAAAUGGCAUUUACGUAAGGGAAAAAUACAAGAGGAAGUAUAUAAUUGCAUCCUUAAUAUUUGUAUUUUUGAAAUUAUGUUGUACUUGAGUCAGGACUUCUAAUUAAAUGAUCCCUCUUUAAAUGAGAAGGAAUAGUAGGAAAAGCAGUAGGGAAUGUCAGAAAUCAUAUCACACACUUCACAGAAAUUGUGGUCAAGUGAUUACAAACAAGGUAAUGUAGUCUGUUGAACAGUAUGUAAAGAAUGCAUUCAAGAGGACAAUUGUGUCACACUUCUGUAACAUAUGUUUGCACAAGGCCCCUCAAGGAAAAUGUUACCAUCUGUAUAAACAUAUAUGGGAAAUAUAGCUAUAUUUGUGAAAACACUUGUUAUUUGUCUUUAAUCUGCAGAAUCACAUAGCUGUGCAGUUUAGCUAUAUGUCCACUGUCAAUGAAGUACAUAUUGAGUGACUAUAACUGUUUCAGGUAGCAGCUGUGUGCCUUAAGUCCUGAUUAGACCAUAGACGUGUGGCCUGAUUUUUAAGGGAUCCUGUGCUAUGUCAUUUGUGCCUUUGUAUUCUAGAUCAUUCCUCAAAGUAAAUUAGUUUAAUGCCUGUAUGAAAGACCACAGGGGCUGCAAUGUGUCUUACUUAGAGAACCAUACUCUCAGCAUGUCAAUGUAGCGUCCUUGUGCAGAAGCGGAGAACAAAGCCCACAUCAUUAAAAGCCCCUGCAGGUGGCUCCAGCACCCCCCUUCUCACAGUCCCAUGUCAUGUGUCUCACUGCAUCUGCUCCUAGUUAAGCAUCACCUCUGCAGACAGUGUGUCCCCUCAGAGCCCUCCAUUUUUCCCCUACUGUAUGUGUUCUUACUGAAAUGAUUCGGCUCAAGGCUGGGUGUUCCAUGAUCGCUAGCCUCCCCCGGUGACAGAAUCGGGUUGCUCUAGUUUGCCCUUCACUGUUCAUUACAGAGGAUACAAAUGGUGAGAGGCCUGUGUUGUCGGGGGUGCUGGGGUGGAGGAGAGAGGGAAAAAGCCUGAUAUUGCAGAAAUCGUUCAAGUGGCUGAUCAUCUGGCAUGGAAAAACAACAGCAGAAAACAUCAGACAGGCUCUAUUUAUAAAACUGAUGGGGUCCAAGAAGUGCAUUAGGAGUGAAUGAUUAGCGUAAGCGUCCUGGUAGGAAAGCAUUAGAACUUCUCAGACAACCGGCUCCAGUUUCCUGGACAAGAUUUUUUUCUUGAGGAAGUAAGUCCUAUACUCUAUUAUAACACACUCAUUCAUCUGUCAUGGUCCGCAUGCAAUACACACUAUUAUACCUUUUUUCUUUUCCCCGCCCAAAGAACUGAGAAAGAGUACACUUCUCCUUUCAAUGGUUUAAAUUUGAGAGGAAAUACUGUUUGUAACACAUAAAUAUAACAUCAAGAUAACUUUAUUGCAGAUGUGCACUUCUAAAUGUCCAGACUCAACAUAUUUGCAGGUCUUUGGCCAUGUGUUUUUUUAAUGGUGCAUUUUGGCCAGGAGUGAUCAAAGCCUGCAGAGACCCAAAGAAUAUGCUGUGUUUAAUCUUCUGUGGCACUACAUAAAUGAGCAUGUUUGCUCAUUUAUGUUCCUUUGCAUCUAUAAGAUGAGAAAAAUGAAAAGCUACCUCUGGUUACAUUUGUCACUGUGAUACAGAAUUGACUUAUCACAUUUCCUUUGUGGAAGCAAGGAUGUUUGAUAAUUUAUUGUCAUCAAUUACUUCAAACAGCAGGCAUCUGAACCCUUAAAGUGAAAUCAUCUAUACAGUUGAAGGUAGUUUUCUAUAAAAUUUUGAAGAUGUGUGUGUAUUUUUUAUUUUCCUGCAGUUGUGCAUGACUAUGGAUAAGGGCAUAUGUAUAUGGAACAAUUUUGCUUUUCAAAUAAUAGUAAGUUAACCGAUAACAAAAGUACAACUUUGUGUUUUUUCCAAAACAUUAGUACUCACCCAUGUUUAUUUUCCAUGUCAUUAAUGGUAGUGUACAGUAUUUUAAAAGGAAAGAAAAUGGAUAUGUUGGUAAAAAUUGGUUUAUGGUAUGUCAAAAGGUAAUUUAAUUUAUUUAAAAUGGAUGUUUUGUGUAAAUGGAAACUAUCAAAAUGUUAUAUUUUGUUUUCUAUGUCUUAUACUGAGACUAGCUGUUAAAAAAUAUAUUGCAAACCCUGUAUUGUCACGUAAACGGUGAAACACAACCACGCUGUCAAAUCGACUGUGCCUUUCUUUCUAAUUUCCUUUGUGUUCUACGAAUAGGAGUUGUUUACUCUUAAAAUGUUCCUUUGGAAACUGCAUGAAGAGCCUAAAUUGCCUUUGCGAUUGAAAAUCCUGCUUUCCCUUGGUGGAGUUAAAGGCUGCAGUACCAGGACAGCACCUCCAAUGAGUUGGCUACUCUCAGUGUAGUGAAAGCAGUGUGGACACGCUCUCCAAACUCAUGCAUACAAGCUCAUUUUAAAUUGGUUUCUCCAUGAACACUGCUUUUGUACUGGGGGGGUCAAUAUUCUUAAACACAUUCAUCUACAGUUAUAAAUUUCUUUACUUUGCAGGACCCUUUUCUAACCCCAGUAGGAAUAAUAGAGCACGAGUCCACUGUAGCACUAGUUUUAAUAAGUUUGGUGCUGUUUCAGUUUUACCAUUUUUG